AUGGAAAUUGUGAUUUCCUUGAUCAUACUCUUUAUGGGGAUAGCAAUUUUGAUGGUCAUCCAUGUCUGCGUCGUGGGGAGGGCCUUCACAGGGAAUAACAGCAACAACGAAGAAGAAUUUACUCAUCGCAGCAUCAGUGCCAUGAAGAGAAUGUUUGGCGGCAACAAGGUUGGUAACCUGAAAAACCUUCCUUGCUUUGAGUACGAGGAGAAAGCAUGUAAAGAGAAAGGGUGUUGUGGCCUUGUGGAUUGUGCUGUUUGCUUGGAGAAUUUUAAGAUUGGUGAUGUGUGCAGGUUGUUACCCAAUUGCGGCCACAGCUUCCAUGUACAGUGUAUAGAUUCGUGGAUUCUGCAAACACCCGUUUGUCCCAUUUGUAGAACAUGGGUUCAUUCACCAGUUGUGAUGAGGGAACAAAGUGCUGUUUCUGAAAAUGUAGAAAUAUCGACUGCAUAG